ACAAAACAAAUUAGUUCAAGCGUGCUGAAGUGUUACACAAUUCUCUGGAAAAUCUGAAGUUUUAAGAGUGAUUUCGGAUCGGUCAAUUAUUUUUUCGGUACAAUACGUUCUACAACAAUAACAUUAUCAUUCCUAGCAUCACAAAAUGUCGAAAGCCGCUGGUCGUUUAAAAAUGCUCAAGAAAUCCGUCGACAAAAUCAACCACUCGAGCAAACUCCGCACCAACAUUCCGGCCGGUAUGGCCGUUACGGGUCCUCCGUUAGGUCCAAUGCUAGGACAACGUGGAAUCAAUAUUGCCACAUUCUGCAAAGACUUCAAUGAGCGCACCAAAGAGUACAAGGAAGGGAUACCGCUGCCGUGUCGUGUCGCGGUAACCUCCGAUCGGUCCUACGAGCUCACAAUUCACGCACCCCCGGCUACCUUUCUGCUGAAACAAGCCGCCGGUAUUCAACGCGGCGCAAUGAAUCCGGGCAGCGAAGUUGCUGGUAAAAUAACACGGAAGCAUUUGUACGAGAUCGCCCAAAUCAAGAGUAAUGAUCCACCGAACGCAUUGCUGUCGUUGGAAAAUAUGUGCAAAAUGCUGGUAGGAGUAGCUCGAUCAUGUGGGAUCGAAAUCGUUAACGAAUUGGAUCCAGUCGAAUACCAACAGUUUCUAGAGGAACGAAUGCAGGUCGUGGAAGCUCAGCGCAAAGAGUUACAGGAAAAACGAGAAGCCAGAAUGUUGCGAAUGGCUUGAAGUUUAUGUUCUUGAAAUAGAAU